GAAAAUCCAAUCAAACAUCUUGAGCACCUAAAUCAAUCUAUCAAGAGUACACCUACGUAGUUAUGUUCUUUUCUUUAAGACAUAUGUAUAUAUAAAAUAAGUGUAUUAUAUCAGAGAAUUUCUCUACUAAACAUAAUCUUAUCUCAUAAUGUGUUGUUGUGAAUAUGACAUAAUCAAGUAUAUGCUAAUAUUUUUAUUGACAAUAAUUACUGUUAUUUAUUUUGUUAAUGGACAAGAUUUUCUAUUAACAAGUGAAGAUGUCAAUAUUAGAUUAUCUGAUGUAUCAAAAACAUCAGAAACAAUACAGACAACCAUUGAUCCAAUCCUAUUGAAAUCUUAUCAUAAAAAUACUGUAAUAUCAUUUACUACCUUUGGAAUAAUAUUCGGUUUAUUCAAUUUAGCCUGUUGGAUUGCAACAAUUAUAAAAGCGAUCGCAGAUAGAAAAAAAAUCAAGAAAAGGAAUUUAGAAAGGCAAAAAGCUAAACGUUUCAAACUGGAAAGUCAUAGAAAUUCAGUUAUGAAAGAUUUGGUUGAAUCUGAGCCACCAAAAUUAAUUUUUCCCACAAUUGUUGACAAUGUAAUACACAGUAACAAAGUGAAUCAUAAUGAUGCUACAUCAACACCAGAAUCUCCAACUCAUCAUUUUUCUAAAUAUUCUAACUUACGACAUUCAGGUUCAAUGAAACGAUUAACAGGAGAAGUGUCUACACCUAAUUCAUCAGGAAAUGUUGACUAUCAGUCAAAUGAAAAGAUAAUCUUGUUACUUAUAUCAAUCAAAGAGUAUGAAAGCGGUUUUCUUAUCUUAUGAUUACUAUAUUAAAUGUUGUCUAUUAUAUUGAAAUAUGCUAUGUUAACUGUGUUUUAUUGUCUUCAUAAAAAGAAACUGAUGAUAUAGUAACUAUAUACUGUGAAAAAAGACUAUUAAAAUCAAUAUAUUUUACUUAGAAAACUAUUUUUUCCAGUGCUUAUUACAUUUAGCUAAUACGUUUUUUCAAAAUAUA